GUUCAUCAUCGCAUCAUCACCAACGAGAACCCCUGGCUCCCCCUCCAACAAGACAAGCCAUCGAGGGGUAACGGAGUUUAGUUUGCGGCGACGGUAACACAACGUCAAAGACCAAUUACCGAAUUCAUUAAAAAUUGGUUAGGUCACACUCCGAGACAAGAUGCCGGCAAUUAUGGAUGACCCGUCCAGUCCGACCAUCUACCGCGUCACCGGUCAGGCUCCUUUCCCGGACCCAAAUAAGCCGGAACUACCGUCCAACGUUCUGCCUCGUCAGGUGACCUUAAGGGACCGCCAAACUAUCGCCACCGUCGUGCCGUUCGCCUCUCGUGAUCAAGUCCCGGUGUCCCUACUAGCAUACCUUUCGGACCAGUUCGCAAAGGAAAUUGAGGGCGGUGAUACCUAUCCCAUGACAGAUCCCAUGCCCCUCGAAAAGUUUUCCGCCUACUGGUUUCAGAAUUUUGCCGGUAUAAUGCUUCUAGGCCAAAUUGAGAGCGCCGUUGACGUGGUUGAGGGUAAGGAUUGGUCCCGGGAGUGCCUCGGCAGCUUUUAUAUCAAGCCGAAUUACCCUGGCCGCAGUAGUCAUGUCUGCAAUGGUGGAUUUCUCGUCACCGAAGCCACCCGUAAUCGCGGUGUCGGCCGGCUUAUGGGCGAGAGUUACCUAGACUGGGCGCCGAAACUUGGAUACUCGUACUCGGUCUUCAAUCUCGUUUACGAGACAAACGUGGCUUCAUGCAAGAUCUGGGAUGCGCUCGGCUUUAAGCGCAUCGGGCGCGUUAAGGGUUGCGGCAACCUUAAGUCGUACCCUGACCGGCUGAUCGACGCCAUCAUCUACGGGCGGGACCUAGGACCUGGCGCCGGCGAGGGUAACGGCGAACCCCUUCUCGUGAGUGAAGAGCGUUUCGACAAAAUCAAAUUCUACCUCAAAUACGGGCGCUACCCGAAUGGAUCUGACCGCGCCGAAAAAAGCAGGCUCCGGAGCGCCGCGACGCACUAUAAGUUACUCGACAACGACGUCCUAAUGCUUAAAGAUAAAGAAGUUAUCAGCGAUCCCGUCCGCCAGAUGGAUAUCUCGCGUCGUCUUCACGAGGCCGGCGGUCACGCAGGCAUCAAUAAGACCACAGCUACGAUCGCGGAGAAGUACCAUUGGAGUCGCGUUAAAGAGACGGUUUCGCAUGUAAUUAGGACGUGUGACCAAUGCAAGGAAGCGGGCAAGACACCUUCUGUUCAGAAUCAAACUAGCUCCCGACGCCUCACCGUAAACUCCAGCUGCGACGUUGUCAACCUUGAUACUAUGCCGCCAAGAAUGUCUCCCGUCGAAGCGACUGGACCCGGAAGCGUUGACGCGACUGGCAGGGUCCUCGAGCUACAGACGCCUACUCACAAUGAUCUACCCCCAUUAGUCGGCCCUCCCAACCCAUAUGCCCACCCUAGUGAUAUCACGUCCUUGUUAAAUCCUCCUAUGCAAGUGCCAUCAGAAACCGGCUUAUCCCCUCAUCACCCCUUAAUGCAAAGCCAACUCCACCACGAUUCCGCGGCUACUCUCGCCUCGCUACACGAAGCCGUGGACAUGUACCAUCCUAUAGACCCUCAGAUAAUAUCCCAAUCCGCGCACCAGCAACCAACCCAUCAUCAUCCUCACGCGUUCAACUCCUUCCACCCUAAUGACACAGUAACCCACUCCAGCCCUCACCCCUCACACGCAUCGUUAUCGGGCCAUGAACAAUACAGCCCACACCCCGCUUCCUUACACGCCCCUAUGUCUUCUUUCCAGACUCAAACUCACCAUCACCCACACCAUCCAGGCCCGCAUCACGAACCCGACUCCUUCCAAGCCCUACUUCAUGAGGCGGACAGCGUCGAUGGCGAUAGCCACCAUGCGCUACACGGACACCCCGACGACCCAUCAGAACACGACCAAGUCGCUAUGGAUCGCAGUUUAAACAUGUUGAUCGGAUCUGAGAUGGACAUCGACGACGUAGUACACCACAAUCACGACAUCGAUCACAAACGCAUGGACGAAGACGGUGGCGUCGGCGGUAGAGGCACAUACGACGUUGUCGAGGAGGUUUUGGUAGAAGAGAGCGACACGGCCAAGCGCAGUAGCAUCUACCAUAUCGUAUUUACGCCUGGCGCCUGAGUGGUGGUAAUGAUAUAGGGUUCCGUUGCGUUACAUGCCCUUUUCCACUUCGCGUUUAAAAACAUUUGCAUUGGAUACCCAAAACAUAUUUUCACAUCAUUAGAAGAGGAUAUCUUAGAUGGUUGGAAUGGCCCGAUUUAGGAUAUCGGAACUACCUUGGUACAUGAUAAAAGCAUUACAGGAUGUAUAAUUAUUGAUACUAGAUAUUCUUACGGCAUUGGAUAGACACAUGGGGCAUUUAUGUAUUAUCUU